CCAGGUUAACGAGGCUCACAUUGCAAGUCUGGAGUGGUUUUGCUCUCUAGAGAAACCCCUUUCUCCUAGAUGGGAAUAAAUACCUGAUGUUUGGAUGGGUCAGUAGGUCCAGAAGCAUCUGCCUGCUCUUCUGGCAGGCUGGCUCUUGCCUCGCUGGGGUUGGAAGAUCCUUUUCUGGGGUUUUUCAGCCCGCGUGCAGAAAGAGAUGAGCAGGUCUGCCAAACCAACCACUAAAUGUCACCCGGUGCCUUUGUAGCUCUGUUUUCUAUAACUUUGGGGUUGUGUUUCCUUUCCCACCUUUCCUGCCCUCCAAUUAGUUUAGUCGCAUCCCGGUUUCCAAAGGGACAAUCUGAGUGUCUCUUGGAAGUGACUUCUUGAAGAGAAGGAGUGAAGGAAGACCAAAUAGAUUUCUUGAGUUGUUUGGAACAUUUUCCGUCCUUUCCCCUCAAAGGGCUCAUUUCUAACCCUUUGUGUCCAAAGAGACUCCCAGGCUUUUUGGCACUUGCUUGCUCCACAGAGCAGAGAAACAGUGGUGUGCUCCAAACCUGGGCUGAAAAAACACUGGGCUUACAGAGAAAUUGGUAACAGGGAGCAGGUGGCGAUGCUGGAAUAGGUUUGGGUGGGGAGUGGCAGUGACCAAGGCUGGAAAACACCUUCCAAGUGCCUGAAGGGAGGAGGUAAGGGUGGAAAGGACCUGGUUUUGUUUUAUUUGCUAAGAAUCACAACUCUGACGAUCCUACUAGGAAUAUUCUGGGAGAUCGCAGAGUUAAAAGUGUCUUGUUUGGGAGACUUUAGUACCUUAGAAGAAUAUGGCUCAGCUUUGAGUAGAAAAGGCUUCUUGCUACUAUCAGAUGUUUCUUCCCUUGAUGUGAGCUCAUUUUCCCUGGCUUAAUUCAGCAGAAGCUACGUCAAGUUUCACUUUUGGGCUGGCCGGCACGUCGAACGCUCUAUUUUGCAAUCUUACUCUGCAUGCCGAGCGUUCGGAGGCUCGCGCUUCUCCUCGCAGACCUCUCACUUGGACAGGAGCUUGCAAAGCUGAGCUGGAGGAGUGAAAAACCUCAGAGAAAUCAGAUUUACUGACUGCUGGGUUGCCACCGUUCGAGCGAGGUGGUCCUCUCACCUCUCCUGCUAUGGCUGGGGAAAUUAUUUAUGCUGACCUGGAUGUUGGUCCCGCAAAACGCUGCAGGGAACAGCAUUCACUUCCUCAGCCCGACAGAUCGGGCUGUCCCCAGCGGUACCGAACUGCUCUCUGGGCCAGCUGUCUCGGAAACCUCCUCCUCGGAGUGGCGGUGUUAGCGAUGGGACUUUGGCUUUCAGUUUUCCACCAGCAGUUGGGGAACUCAGGAAGCCACAGAAACGUGAGCGGGAACGUAGGAGAUGGCAACACCACCCUGGAGAAAGGCUGCUUGGAGCUGAGGAAAAGUCUCUGCUUGUCACAGUUGCAAGAGGGUGAGGGGUGCAAGCUCUGCCCCACGGGCUGGAUGCUGCACGGGAGCAAGUGUUACUGGGUUACCGACAUGAUCAAGUCGUGGAGCAAGAGCCAGGACGACUGCAGGAAUCGGGGGGCCGAGCUGGUGAUGCCGGGGGACCAGGAAGAGCUGGCUUUCCUAAACAAAAUCCUGCAGAAACCCGGACGCUACCUCUGGAUCGGCCUCUCCAUCCCCUCCGCCGGGAAGGGCUGGACCUGGCUGAACGGCUCCCGCCUGGACCAGAGCCGGUUCCCGUUGAGCCCCUGGGAUGAAGGCAGAAGGUGCGGGGUGCUGAGGGGGGACAGAUUCGUCUCCGAAAACUGCAGCUCGGGAUUGCAGGGGAUCUGCCAGAAAGAAGCCACCCAGCUCUGAGCCGGGGGGGCCACAAGCUGGUCUGUGGCCGGGAGAGACGCUCGGGGACGGGCCACGAUCAGGCCCUCGGUGGGGGAAUACGGGAGCUGUUGUGCAACGACCAGAUUAAUAAUGCGCAAAUUAAUAAUGACAUUAGCUGGGCUCUGUUGUGUGGUGUUUUCAAGCAAGUUUGUUAACGGGGGAGGCUGGAAAGUGCAUCCUUCUGUACCAGAUAAACUUCCCGCCCUUGUGCCCGUCCCUUUCUGCCCACCAGCACUUACCCCUGGACCUGCCUCACCCUUCCAGGGCUCCAGGGCACACACCAGGGCCCCCCUCCGACCCCCUGGGGAGGUGCCUUUGGGAUUUCUACCCGUGCCAGCGUCCCCUUCAAUCUUCCUCCUGGACCGUCCUCAUCCUCAGGUUGUGCUUUCACCCCAGGCACAGCACAAGUAACCCAGGAGGUGGCCCGUACCCGGAAGGGACUGACAGACGGCAGAGGAGAGGGAUGCUUGUGGCAGCAUUGCAAAGGCAGAGAGGAAGUGCAGCGGUGAGAGCGUUAGGGUUAAAAAGGAAAAAAAGAGGGCAGGGGAUUAAAAAAAGCAACCCCAAACUAAACCCCUAGCAAGCGAGCUCGCCACAAGGCAGUACUCGGUCCAGAAUCCAAGGAGGGCAAACAGCCGGACCCUACUGAGCUGA